AUGACUGGCAUGGGAAAGGUACAAGCUGCAAGUGUCGCAAAGAGCUGCCGUUGGAGCUUUCCGAGUAUCCGACUUGCCUUGAUUGUUGGUGUUUGUGGAGGGGUGCCAAGAGGUAUCGAAGAGGGAAUAUUCCUUGGUGAUAUCGUCAUAAGUGAUGAGAUUUUGCCAUACGAUUUUGGAAAAAAAUACCCUGGGACCUUCCAAUGCAGAGAAGUGACGUCUCGGUCUGGUGCAGGUUAUGAAGUACAAGCAUUCUUACGCAAACUCAGAAGCCCAAACGGCCGCAAGCAUCUCCUUGACAGGACAAAUCAUCAUCUUGGUCGAUUAUUCUUGCGUCCUAGGCAAUCGGAUCAGCUUUUUGAACAGAGCUACCACCAUAAGGAUCAAAAUACCUCGAAAUGCAAAACAUGUACGGAGAAGAAGCUUUGCAAAAAGGCCCAGAAAGCCACAUGUAAAGAGCUAAAGUGUGAUCGGGAGAGAUUGGUCAAUCGUUUGCGUUCAUCUCAGAGGGAGCUCAAUAUUCACUUUGGGCGCAUAGCGUCAGGAGACACUGAGAAUGUGAUUGCUUUUGAGAUGGAAGGCGCGGGACUUGACGGUAUUAUGCCUUUCCUUGUUAUAAAGGGAGUCUGCGACUAUGCCGACAGCCACAAAAGCAAGAUCUGGCAAAAGUAUUCAGCUGAAGUAGCGGCCUCGUGCAUGAAAUCACUCCUGGAACAAUGGGCAGUCAUUGAUCAAUCCGAAAAGAGAUACCAGCAGCCACAGGAAUACUCACAGGAAUCUCACUGUCCUGUUCAAGAAGUCGCCUCACAUGGCCAAGAAACAGCAUCUGGAGGAUGCACUCUGUCAACUCUCAGAGAUGAAGGAUAUCACAGCCAAUACAAUUCUGUUACCAGCAAUGGAGAGCUGCUUCAAGGUAUUUUUUGCGUCUAA